UGAUCAUGACACAAUGUCUAGGGGUAUAAAACGCAGGACCACUCCUUUCACGGCGUCUGGUGACUUCCUCUCAUUUCCGUAGCUAGACAGGGGUGUGUGCUGUCCUGUGUAAGCGAGGAUGGCGACGCUUGUGGAAUCUGCAGACAUUGAGACUUUAAGCAGCUCGAGCAACGUUAUGGCAUCCCCAAUGUCCACGAGUCUCUCGCACCGUUUUGACGACAACAAAUUUUACCUGCUUGUGGUUAUUGGAGAAAUUGUCACGGAGGAUCACUUGAAGUGUGCCAUUGCGGAUAUAGAAAAAGGGAUUCGCUCAUGGGACACCAACCUCAUCGACUGUAACCUGGAUCAGGAACUAAAGCUCUUUGUCUCCAGACAUUCAGCCCGUUUCUCUGCAGAUGUAAGAGGGCAGAGAAUUCUUCACCACAAAAGCAGCGUUCUCGAGACAGUAGUGCUUAUCAACCCCUCAGAUGAAGCUGUCAGCACUGAGGUUUGUCAGAUGAUCUCAGACACAGCCAGAAACAAGCUGUUGGUGCUUUCAGGACAAAGCUUUGAAAACACAGGAGCACUGAUUUUGCAGUCUGGCUCCUUCUCUUUCUUCAACUUCAUAGAUAUAUUCACAGACCAAGAGAUUGGUGAAUUACUUAGCACUAUUCGCCCAGCAAACAAGGCAAGCCUAACCCUCUAUUGCCCUGAGCAAGGUGACUGGAAAAACUCCAACUUGGACAAACACAACCUACAAGACUUCAUCAACAUGAAGCUCAACUCACCACUGAUACUCCCAGAGAUGGAAGGUCUCUCAGAGUUCACAGAAUACCUGUCGGAGUCAGUAGAAAUCCCAUCGCCAUUUGACAUGCUGGAGCCUCCGACCUCUGGCGGUUUCCUGAAGCUCUCAAAACCAUGCUGCUACAUUUUCCCUGGCGGCCACGGCGACUCUGCCCUCUUUGCGGUGAAUGGGUUCAACAUGCUCAUCAACGGGGGCUCCGACCGCAAGUCCUGUUUCUGGAAGCUGGUGAGACACCUAGACCGGGUAGACUCCAUCCUCCUGACCCACAUCGGGGACGACAACCUGCCAGGCAUCAACAGUAUGCUCCAGAGGAAGAUGGCUGAGCUGGAGGAAGAGCAGUCACAGGGUUCCCAAGCUACUGGCGACUGGUUGAAGAACCUCAUAUCCCCAGACAUUGGGGUUGUGUUCUUGAACACCCCUGAUAAUCUGGGGAACCCUGCUGAACCCAACUUCAGGGUGAGGAGGAACAUUGAAGAGGCAGCACACACACUCCAUUACCUGAGCAAGUUGAAUCUGAGGCCCGAGCCUUUGCAGAGGCCGGUCGGUAACACUAUCGAACCCAUCAUUCUGUUCCAGAAAAUGGGCGUGGGGAAGCUUGAGAUGUAUGUGCUGAACCCGUCGAAGAACAGCAAGGAGCUGCAACAUUUUAUGAAGCAGUGGACAGGCAGCGAGAAAGACAACUCCACUGUUAUUCUGCCCAAUGGAAAAGAAUCGGAGCUCCCAAUUUCUUAUAUGACCUCAAUCUCUUCCUUGAUUGUGUGGCACCCAUCAAACCCUUCAGAGAAGAUAGUACGUGUCCUGUUUCCAGGCAAUGCCUCUCAGUAUCACAUCCUUGAAGGUUUGGAAAAACUAAAACACUUGGACUUCUUGAAGCAGCCAGUUGUCACCCAGAAGGAGCUAUCUUCUAACUUGGCACCAGCUCUAAAGCAAGCAAAGCUGAAACAUAAAACUGACAGCAAGGAGAGUCUGAAGUCAGUCUCUAGGCCAUCACCAAGCAAAAGUUUCAAAAAGGAGUCAAAGGAGGAGGCUCCAGAGAAGGCAAAGACAGAUGCAGAAUCGGCUCAAGAAAAGACUAACAAAUUUGAGAAAAAAGACAAACCUUUGGUGAAAAAGGAAAAAGCGAAGGCACCGGAAAAAGAAGUGAAGGUGAAAGCAGAGCCAACUACUGAAACUCCAGAAAAGAAGAAGGCUGAAAUGAAACCAAAAGCUCUUAAGGAGAAGAUUAUCAAAAAAGAACCCAGGAAGUCUGUAGAAAAGAAAAAUGAUGAAAAGGAGGUAAAGAAAGAGGUAGCAAAGAAAGAUGAUAAGCUAACAUCUAAAAAGGAAGAAACACCCAAAACAGAACAGAAGCAAGAAACACCCAAAAAAGAACAGAAGGUAAAGAAAGACAUUUUAAAGAAAGAUAGAGAUUUCAGGAGGGAUUCCCCCAUGAAGGUGAGGAAGGAAGAGAAUAAGGAGCAAAAGAAAGACGAUCUAAAGAAAGACAUGAAGAAGCCAUCCAAGGAUUUAAAAAAUACUCCAUCUGCUUUAGGCGAAGGGAAAAAACUUGCAGCAAAACCAAAAUCUCUGAAAAAAGAUGACACUACAAAGAAAGACUUUGGAAGCCCUUUCAAGUCCAAGGCAAAACCAAAAGUCACCAAGAAGGACCUCAAGGCCACAGAUGCUAAAUCCGCUGUUGCAGGAGCUGCAGCUGUCAUAGCAGGAGUGGUAGCCACCGCCACUUGUGCUGCGGAGGUCCUUGAGACAGAAAGAGCCAUGAUGUCUUCUCCAGAGGACCUCACUAAGGACUUUGAAGAGCUCAAAGAAGAGGAGAUCUUUCACGAAGAAGAGCCGGUGGUGAUCCACAGAGAGGACCUCAUGCACUCUAAGGAGUCCCCUGAAGCAGCAGAGUCUCUGGAUGAGGGGAUCACAACCACUGAGCAUGAAGGAGAAAGCGGGGAGACUCCAGAGGAACAAGAGCAUAAAGGGAAGUUGAGCGGCAGCGGCAGUGAGAAGUUUGAAGAUGAGGGAACUGGGCUAGAUUAUGAAGAGAAGGGAGAGACAGAAGAGGUCCAUGAGCCAAUGAGAAGGGAAAUGGACAACCAUAAACAUGCUGAUGACAGUGAAGAUGAGGACUCUGAGGACGAGGAUGCAGAGCCAGACCAAUGUGGAAAAGAUCAUAACAGAAAUGAAAGAGAAGUACAGAAGUGGGGCCUGUCGGUGACACCGCCUCCCAAAACGUCUGAGCCUCUCUCUCCGUCUGCAUCUAUUCAUGAUGAGACCCUUCCAGCUGGCUCUGAUGAUGAAGCAGCCUCAGAUGAUGAGAACCGUGACGAGGCAUACACUGCUACAUCUGGCCACACCCAGUCAACUAUUGAGAUCUCCAGUGUGCCAACUCCAAUGGACGAAAUGUCCACUCCAAGGGACAUUAUGAGUGACGAGACUACUAACGAUGAGACAGAGGAUUCUCCCUCUCAGGACUUUGCCAGGUUUGGAGGAACAAUGUUAGGAGACCUUGGGAGGAAGAGGCUGUCUCCACUACACGACGGCCCAGAGUCAGACCAUUCAAAGAGCGAUGCCACCGAAGGCAGGGACUACAACGCUUCUGCAUCCACAAUAUCUCCACCAUCGUCACUGGAAGAGGACAAAGAGGAAGGGUUCAAGUCCGACAAAUUUGGUCUUGAUUCAGCAAGCUCUGUUCUCACCACUACUUCACCUCUCAUCCGCUCCCCUUCAGCUCCCAAAGGAACCUUUGACUCAUACUCAUCUGGAUUCGCGGCACCAAUUGAACUGUGCACAACACUUUCAGGAUCAUCAAAGGCAGCAGCUGGAUCUUCUACUAGCCCAGAUGACAAGACAUUGGAAGGUACCACCUCACCUCAUUCCUCUGGUCACACCCCUUACUUUCAGUCUCCCGUGGAUGAGAAGGCUGGCUCUAUAGCACCUGCAAAUGGCCACGGUCCGGUAAUUGUAGAGGUUACAAGUGAUAAAGAAGAUUCCAACAGGGUCAGCCCCAUGGACGACCCAAUUCCUGACCACACCUCGACUGUAGAGAAGGUGCUGUCCCCAAUCAAGAGCCCGCCUCCUGUAGUAGAAGGAAAGUUACACUUUGAUUUAGAUCAUAUGUCAACAAUGCACUCGAAUCAAGAUGAUAAGAAAAAUGGGGCUAGCGACAGUACCUCAAUCUCAUCCACAAACCCAUUCGCAGGUUUCAAAGAGGAGAGUAAAAUGUCGAUCUCGGAGGCAACCACGUCUGAUAAAUCGGGUAGCCCUGUAGAUGAGGCUGUAGCAGAGGACACUUUUUCACACAUCGCCUCGGCUUCCACCGCCUCACUGGCCACCAGCUCAUUCCCAGAGCCUACGACAGAUGACAUUUCCCCUGCUCUCCACGGUGAAGCCGGCUCCCCGGAAUCAACAGAGGUGGAGGACUCCCUUUCUGUCUCUGUGGUUCAGACUCCAACCCCUUUUCAGGAGGCAGAGGUCUCUCCUAAGGGGGAGAGCCCCAGGCCCAUGUCAAUCUCUCCAGACAUCUCACCAAAGACAGCCAAAUUAAGGACACCAGUGCAGGAGCCUAAAUCCCCAGAGCAUUCCACCAUGUCAUUUGGCCAGGAGUCCCCUGAUCACUCAUUAGCCCUAGAUUUCAGCAAACAGUCUCCAGAGCACCCUUCUGCAGGCAGCCUGCGCGCCACGGAGAACGGGCCAACAGAGGUGGACUACAGCCCCUCAGAGGGGAAUGAUCUGAGAUCCUCCGAACAGUACAGACCCACUGUAGACAAGCCUAUGCUUUUCAAAGACAAUGACUCAGGUCGCGCCACUUCUGCGUCCCCAUCAGACGCAUCUCAGUCCACCCCCUCGACAACUACGCCUUGUCAGAUGAGGGAAAUGUCACCGGGCUUAGCCCAGCAGAUGGACAAAUCCCCUGCCACCCCGAAAGGGUCUUCCCCCUCUUCCCCCUCCUAUUCUUGCUUCACUCAGAAAACAGAUAUGCCCUUAGCAGCAGAGACUAAUCCCUUCAAAUGUGGUGGAGAUUCCAAAUCCCCUGUCAGCCCCAAGGUUCCCUCCCCAUCCUACCUACCACUCUCUUUCAACCUCUCCGACUAUCAGAAGUGUGCAGGUGGUUCCAAGGACCCAGACUCCUCCCAGAAGAGCCCCUCUCCUGGGUCUAGGACAGAUGUUGACCUUUGCCUUGUGACCUCUUGUGAAUACCGCCACCCUAAGACAGAGCUGUCCCCAUCCUUCAUCAACCCCAGUCCUUUGGAGUACUUCAUGAAUGAGGAGAAGCCUCUGGAGGAAGAAAAGCUUCUAGCUAAGUCAGGUGGAGGACCUCCACCCCCUGGUAAUAAACUCCACGCUAAGCAAUGUGAAGAGACCCCACCAACCUCCAUCAGUGAAUCCGCCCCAUCCCAGACGGAUUCGGAUGUUCCCCCUGGGACAGAGGAGUGUCCCUCUAUUACUGCGGACGCAAACAUAGACUCUGAGGAUGAUUCUGAGACAUUACCAACAGACAGGACCCUGACUUACAGACAUGCUGAUCCUCCUCCCGUGGCUCCCAGGGACUCUGCUCCGUCUCCAGCCCACCCAGAUGUCACCAUGGUGGAUCCGGAGGCUGACAAGCCGCCCGCUGACGACAACAACCAGACUAAGGACAAGGACUCAAAGGCAGAGGGAGCUGAGAAAGCUAAGAAGAAGAAGCUUACCAAGACCAAGUCCUCCUCACCAGUCAGAAAGACUGGCCUUUCAAAAGUAAAGGAUUCAAAAGUAAUGGCCUCUCCUAAGAAAAGUGUAGGAGAAGGGAAAGAUGCCAAAAAUGCAACCAAUAGCUCUGCAUCCAGGGGUGUGAAAAGUGCCACAUCAGGUUCAGGUGGUGGAAAGGCAGCAACUGCAAUACCCAUACCCAACUGCCCUCCCAUGUACAUGGAUUUGGUUUACAUCCCAAACCACUGCAGCGCCAAGAAUGUGGAUGCAGAGUUCUUCAAACAAGUCAGGUCCUCCUACUAUGUAGCAAGUGGCAAUGACCAGACGGCCCAGGAGCCAAGCAAAGCUGUCCUGGACUCACUGCUGGAGGGCAAAGCCACGUGGGGAAACAACAUGCAGGUGACCCUGAUCCCGACUCAUGACUCAGAGGUGAUGAGGGAGUGGUACCAGGAGACCCAUGAGAAGCAGCAGGACCUGAACAUCAUGGUGCUGGCCUCCAGCUCCACCGUGGUCAUGCAGGACGAGUCCUUCCCCGCCUGCAAGAUAGAGCUGUGAACCUGAUCCUGGGCCUCGUUCCAUUCCAAAUUAUGCUUCUCUUCUUCCCUUAACUUCUCCCUUCACUGGAGUGUGCACUCUAUUGACGUUCCAAGACGUUUCUGCAAGGGAGCACCUUCUAAUGAAGGGAAGGGGUCGUAGUAAUUUGGAUUGGAACAACCCUCUGUACUCUCCUGAUCAAAUGAUCUAGUAACCGAGAGAUCUAGUGAUCAAAUGGAUCAUGUUGUUAGUGGUAUCUUUGAGUUGGGGUGAGGGAUGACGUAGACAUAGAGUAAAUGUAAACGCAUGUAAUUUAAACAAAGGCUGUGUGCCAACAUUAAUGAAAUAUACAUUGCCUACAUUAAAAUGAUGUUCUGGUUUGAAAAAACAAUGGCAAACAUAAUUGUUUUAAUGAAAUCCACAAUACCCAAAAGAAGUACCUGACACAAGUAUCAGCUUUGUGGUGCACUUUGAGUAAGGAAAUGUCAUAGCAAUAUCCUGUACGGAAUGAAAAAUUUGAUCUGACCACUAUAGAGAACAUAAAAUGAGAACAUAGAAUGCUCCAACUGUAUAAAUUGGUGCUCUUGACGUAGAUUGAUUUCUUCAGAAAACAAAAUUUCCCAUGAGCACCAAUUAUCAAGUCAAAUCAAUAUAGAAAAAUUCAUGAGAAUAUACUUGUUCAUACUGGGGACAAAAAAAGGUAUGACAAUAAUACAAAAUUAUUGAGAUAUUAUGAUGAAAUCUAUUUGUCUUCAAGGUUGGGACUACACGUCAAAAUAUGUACGAUUCUGGUACAUGCCGUUACUUUCUUAAUGUAAUCCAUUACAAUUACUAGUUACCUGUCCAAAAUUGUAAUCAGUAACAUACAUUUUGGAUUACCCAAACUCAGUAACGUAAUCUGAUUACUUUUAGAUGACUUUCCCCUUUAGACACAUUAGAAGAAGACACAAAGGAUCCAUCAAAACGCAUUUGGUGUGUCAUCUUAGUGAUUUCUGACUUGUGGCCUAGUGUGGCCUAGAUCUAGUGUGGCCUUGUGGCCUAGAUCUCUGACUUCUCUGACACUCACUCUGGUGGAACAACCUUAAACUUGCGCCUUUGUUCAAUGCUGAAUCGAAUGUCAUUGAGAGAACAGAAAGGUGUCAAUGUAUUUUUCGCAAACAUCCUUUCUGAAUUUAAAAAGUAAUCCAACUAGUAGUCAUCUAGUUUUUCAAAACUAUCUGUAAUCUGAUUACAAUACAACUGAUUACAGUCACAGUUCCCCCCCCCCCCCCCCCCCCCCCCCCAUGUAAUCAGUUACUCUCCUGGGUGUGAUAGUAGGUCAUCAAACAAUGCCUCAAGCCACUGAUUAUAUCUCUGUCUAAAUAACUAAUCUAUCAAAUUGAUUUAACCCAGCUGCAUACACCAAAGGAUCGAGGGAAAACACGUGUAAGUUAUUGCCUUAGGAAGUGAAUUGAAUGUAAAAGAUUGAUGCACUGAGGACAAAUAGCCUAUGUAAGAAUGAUUAGAAAACGUAAAACACAAUUUAACAAGAGUCUGUCCCCAACUGUCAGAUAAUCUCUGUAUAGAGUUAGUUUAGUUUGAUACUGAUGGAGUAAAUAGAUAGAGCAAGAUGAAGGUUCAACUGCACUGAGGGGCCUAUGAAACAUAACACGUUUGUCUUAAUUCAUUGUAAUUAUUUAGAGAACAAGACAAUUAUAGUCAAGAUUUGCCCAUGACUCUGACACUAUCUUGAUUUAGAAUUACGCUGCACGCUUUGUGAUCCUGUUAGUGCAAACGAUUGUUGAUUUGUCUUCGUUAACAUCAGUUAAUGCGAACCUUUUCUUUGGGGGCCAUGAUUUUUGUUAUUUCAUCUCAGUGUUUUAAGAGUUGUUAUUUAUUUAAUUUAUUAUUGGCUAACUUUUAAAAUGUAAUCUAGUCUCUUAAAGAUAUACAAUAUGAAAGGUAUCUGUAUAAUCGGCCAAACUUAAUUUAAAAAGUGUGUUGUUUUAAAAUAAUGUCUUAUGUUCAGAUUUGAUCUUUAUAGCUUAUUUAUUUAAACUUCUGCUCAGUCCAUCCUCCCUAGCCAAGUAAAACUCAACUCCACGAUGUACUUCACACAAGGGAGUUGAGCGGAGAUGAGAGUGGAUGGACUGGAGCUCCGACGUCACAUAAGGGUUUUUAACAAAAACAACGGAUUUCAGCACCCAAAACAUAGCCCGGGGAGGGGUCUGUGGAUCUGUCUCAGUCCGUUCAUUCAUAAGUUAGUCACGUUAUAUCUCAGACAGCUGCAUCAUUCGUGGGGGCUACAUGUUUACUGUUGCCUUGUUUUAUGUGCUUUUGGAGCUCCAGUUCGCCCACACUAGUCGCUGCUGAACUCUGUUGAUGUGAGGUACAUAGGGGAGUUGAGUUUUACUUAGCUAGUCCUCCCCAGCAUUUUGUGUAGAACCACAAAUGGAGCCCUAGCGACAGCUUGAAUGUGCUACAAUAUCUUCAGGCUUGUGAAGUGAGACACUUUCCUAACCUUACAUUUUUUUCUGUUUUUAAAACACUGUACUAUAAUUAUAAAAAGCUUUGUAGCAGGGUGAAUGGUCGGAAGAAAUGUGCAUGAGUAAUACGCUUUUUUUCUCUUUUUAAGAAUUGGGGAAAUCUGUUCUUAUCUGCCAAAACAACAACUCAAGGCUGUGCUAAUAUAAAUGAAGACAUACAGUAAGAGUUGGAUGUUCCUUGAGGUGUUGCCAGCUACGCCAUAAUGGCAUGGAGUGAAAAGUUCAACUAAAGGCCCUAUCUUCUGACUGUGUUGGCAAUUUUAAGAUCUUUAAAUCUGCUUCCUCAUAGUCCAUGGCCCUAGCUACUCAAGGAGGAUAUGUAGUACCUCGGCCUACCACAGGUCUAUAUAAAGCAGUGGUCAGUAUGCCUUUUGUGGUUGCAAGAUGGCAGCACCUCUGCCAAAUCCCUACGAGUCAGGUAAAGCUCUGUAUAGAUACGCCUUGAGAAGAGUAAAACACGGGGGAGAGUGACUGUUUUGGGUAUGAGUUGGGGUGUGAAAGACAAAAAAACGAGACACUUUUAAAGCCAGGACAAAUGAUGAUAAUUGUUACGCGAAGCCAUGAACAGAACAAUAGAAAACAGAUGUUCAAACACCAACCGUCUACAUCAACCAAACUAUUUAAUGACCACGCCUAUAGGGAGGCCACCAACAUACUACAACCAUCCACCACUCAGAACAAACGGUCACUGGUUAAGUAAAAACUCACAUAGGCAAAAUAUUACAGUCAACCAACCAGGGCCAGGGACUUAGUUACUGCCUCCACGACAGGUCUCCAUGGCAACACAUUUAUCCAGUUGUCCUGUACAGCUCUGCAACCGGAUACUUUAAUCAUAAGCAUGACCAUCCUGCUGUUCAACCACAAACUAUAGUGACCGACCGACCACACACCACUCUUUCUUGAUCUUUCCUCACUCAACUACUGUACUGUAUUCCUUGUUCUAUCUUUCUCUAUUCUGGGUGAUUGUUAAUACUGUCUGUCUGCAACUGUGUGGUAUAAAAUUGUCUUGUGAUCUCUGCAUCCUCUCCUGUUCCAAACUCAUAUCUAAUGUAGCGGUUAGUUUCAAGUGAAAGUAUUAUUUACUGCUUUUCUGAUAUUUGUGUGCAAUGUCUCCUCUCCCUCCUAUGGGACAUUUGAUGUAAAGGGACCUACUAUUAAAACCUAAAAAAAAGAGCCACAAA